UCACUAGCCAGAAAUUGCCUUCCUUGGACUGGAAUCUGAGUCUUCAGCAGCACCUGCUGUCCUCUCAGCCCUGGGCUGAGCCAAGAUCACCCACCAGGAUGAGAUCCUCAGUGUAUUGGCAGCUGCUGCUGUUACUUUCUGUAUCUCCAUUUGGAGAGACUUCAGACAAGUUUGCUCCUGUUGAGAACCCUGGACGCACAGGACAGCCAGGUCGACUCCUGGCCCACCUGAUUCCCUGGGAAGGGAGGCCACAAUGCUUGGAGAAGCCAGAACAGACAGGACAGACACAGAGACUGGCCAUGCUCUGUCCCUCUGAUGAGGCCUCUGACCCCUUGUGGCCAGGUCUGUGUCCCACUCGCAGCCGACUGAUCACAGCACCCCAAGGAGCAUUGCUGGUGGAGCGGGAGAAGGACAUGUCAACCUACAAUUGGAACUCCUUCGGCCUGCGUUAUGGGAAGCGCCAGACAAACCGGGGAAAGGCUCGGGUGCCUGCCUGAUAGAGAUCAUGAGUGUCCUGGGAUUUGAAAUAAAUUUCAACCUGGGGACAAAUGUUUCAAGAAAGGGGGCUGGGCUUUUGGGGGACGUAAGGGAGAACAAUGUCCUGGAGAUAAAAUAAAUUAUAUUAACUCCCUUUUA